AACACUUUCUCUGGAUUUAAUAGAGACCAUGCGUAACAAACUGCUCCUAUAAAUAAUGGGAAUAAAACUUAAAAGGCGGCAACACCUGAGCUCUCAGUCUGCAGAGGACCCAGUGGUUUAGGGAUGAGGCUAGCUGUGCGCAUUUCAUACUGCUGUCAGGAUAUCUCCCUCCGUUUAGGCUGUUAAAACGAGGUUAAAGACUUUUAGACUUUUUAAACAUUUUGUUUUCUUUGGUCCAAUUUUUGUCUGUCUCUUUCUACUGGUCAUGUCAGCAGCACUGAUGCUCUUUAUCCUGGUGUCCUAUGGAAUUGCGUCAUCUAGUGUGUUAGGAGAUGAUGAGUGUCAUGUGGAGGUGUCUAAUCUAAGAGCUAGUAUACAGAAGCUUGAUGAAGUGUUGUUGCUUGGCGAGUGGAAACUGGCGCACAUGCGUGCACACCGCCGCUUCAAACAGGUGCCCAAACUGGAUCCAUUGAUAGACCACAACGAGACCACCUUACCAUCACUGCCGAGCACCGGGGGAAACAUACUGGUUCAUGACAGAGAUUGCUCUGAGCUGUUUGACAGAAUAAGGCCUAAUAGUGGGUUCUACAGGAUUAAACCCAAACCAACAAUGGAGCCUUUCCUGGUCUACUGCGAUAUGGACGAUGGAGGAGGAUGGACUGUAAUGCAGAAACGUUGCAAUGGAAAAGUGGACUUUAACAGAGACUGGGAGGAGUAUAAGAAUGGAUUUGGUAAUUUCCAGUUAAGUAAAGAUGAGUUCUGGCUGGGCAAUGAUCGUAUUCACAUCUUGCUGAAUAGAGGACAAAAUGUGAUGAAGAUUGAUUUGAUGGACUGGAAUGGACAGAAAUCAUAUGCAAUAUAUGACAACUUCAGAGUGGCAGAUGAAAAAGAUAAGUACAGGCUGCAUUAUGGCAUGUACAGUGGCCGGGCGGGGGAUGCUUUAUCUGGUGGAAGUAACAUGGUGGAGCAGUGGUCUGCCUCCCACAGCGGCAUGGGGUUCAGCACCAGGGACCAGGAUAAUGAUCGCUACCUGCAAGGAAGCUGUGCCAAAGAGAACAAAGGAGGCUGGUGGUACAACAGGUGCCAUGCUGCUAAUCUGAACGGACGAUUUUAUCGAGGGGGAACGUACACAGCCAAUCAUGACAAUGGAGUGGUGUGGAGCACCUGGAAAGGGCUUUGGUACUCCCUCAGACAAACAAGCAUGAAGGUGCGGCCUGCGGCUUUUAUGGACAGUCUGGGCAGUGGGGCAGGACCUGAUGCCUAGUUAAAACCCUCUGUCUCAUUUCUAUGCUUAUAUCUUCACUUUAUAUCUACACUCCAAGAGAAUUGUAUUUGUAAGUGAACUUUAGACUAAAGCAUUAUAUCAAAGAAAGUGGUGUACAGAAGUGGCUUAUCUUAAUAUAUCCUAUACUGACAAAUACUGACAAAUCUAAGAAAUGAGUGUACUUUAUUUACUGAGAAAUAUUUGACAUGUUCCUUUGGGAUAUCUUUCUAAAGCAUGCGAUUAUAUUACAAAUCUAGACAUUAAAUACACAAUAGUGUGCAUGAUAAAGUAAACAAGCAUUCAAAAUCUA